CACUCAUCAUUAGAUGUUAAACACGUCAUUGUUAUACGGGUGUGGGUGAUAAUUGUAAAUGUGUGCGUGAGCGGCGCACGCGCUACUGCCGGAGUAUUUACUCUGCGCGCCCCCUACCACCUCGCCACUCAUGCGCCGCGAGACCACAGAACCACACGUGCCACCCCACCACGGGACCCGGGAGCCAGCAUUCGAGCACCGACCGACCUCCGAGACAGUUCCCGACAUGUGCCAGUGACUGACCAGUGAUUUAAAAACUCAAGUGAAGUGACUUUAGCAUCCGUGUGAUGUGCGAUUGAAUUUCGAGAGUGUUGACAAUAGCCGCAGCCUCAACCGUUAUCAGAAAUAUGGUGAGAGGGGCGGCGAUAGCGCUCGUGCUAGCGCUGGCAUGGGCGUGCUCGGCGCGCGCUAGCGUGCUCGUGCCGACCUACGUGCUGCCGCCCGACUCGUUCGUGCGCGAUCAGCGGAGCCUCGGCCCUCCGCCCGACGCCGACCCCGCUGAGUCGCAGCGAACCAUCAAGCGACUCAUCGGCGGACACAUCAAGAUCAAACCCGAUAAAGAGUACGGCAACCCCAAGAACUCGAUAGGGUACGACGCCAAGAGCGAGACCGGAAAGUUUGUAGGCGUGAUCGUGCCGGACCAGUCGGGCGGCACCGUAGGAUGGAACCAGGGGAUAUGGGACGAUGGCAUGCUCAUGUCCAGCGCUGGCGAAGGCAAAGAGACCGUCAAACCCAAAGAGGUGGACGAGGACAAAAAGACGCUCUCAGAUCAGGUGGCCGAAGGGAAAUAUGGUCUCAUUCAGAAUGAAAUUUUCUCUAAAACACCUAAACGGCCUGGAAUAGUGAGUUACGAGCCAAACGAGGAUACCAGAGAUAAGGAUAAUAUACAGACGUUAGGUGGUCUGAAGAAAGACGAAAUUUGGCUAGCGGAGGACCAUCUAUUAGUGUUGAAAGGUGGUUCCUUCCCGGAGCGAACGAAAGAGACCGCUCGCAGGCCGUGGCCCCCGAUCGACGAUUACGAGGCGCCCAGAAGGCAAGUAAAGCUACCGCAGAAACCAAAAGUGCCACCGCCCUUUCCAGUACGACUCUCCGACGACGGACCGCUCGUCUUCCUCACUCCUAACGGCAGUGUCCCUGCGCCCCAAUUCCCUCCCUACGCUACGCGAGAAGGCGAAGGCCCUCUAUAUCCUCCGCCAUUCCCCUUUGCACCCGGUCCGCCCUACGCCCCGGGUGAAAAUCCGGGAAACACUUCUGCCGGGGGAGCGUCGCUGCCAAUUCCUCCGUUCCCAUUCCUACCCGGGAAUGCGAGCGAAGGAGCAUUCCCUUUCCCUCCAUCCAUGAACGGCUCUUUUCCAGAAGGCUUUCCUCCGGGCGCAGCAUUCCUACCACCACCGAGCAACCAGUCAGACCUGUACGACGAAGACGACCCUUCGAUCUAUUAUCCGCCGCCUUACAAUUUUUCUUACCGCGCGGACUACAACAAUAGCGUGCCAGCUGGACCGUUAGUGCCUGGAAUUAUACUACCCCCACCUCCGGACUUCUUUGCUCCUCUGAAGACAAAACAACUACACCAGCGACCAAAUCGACCAUUCGACCGACGACUACGUCGACCUACGCUAGACCUAAGCCGACGAUAAAACGACCGUCGCCGACACCGUCUGUACAUCGCAACAAGUACAAGACUAGACCUACCACUACUACCACCACUACGGAAUACCCCAAGACAACUGAAGUACCCACCACGAUAACAACGCCGCAGUAUGUUGUAGUA